AUCUAUGGAUAUGGAUAUCUAAAAACUGUUUUCGUUUGGUUUUCGUUAACAAAAACUUUUAUGUAGAUUUUUUUGUAAACUGAAUUUUUUGUUAGUGUAUAUAGUUUAUUUAUGUUACGCAAUUUAUAUAUUAACUGAUAUUAAGCUUAAUAUACAUUUUUUCUAUUUGAUUCCAACCGAAAUUAGCAAUGUGCGAUAAAAUACAGUACGUUUCCGAUUUCAAAAAGAUUUGUAGGACAUGUUUGUCCCCAUUAGAAGCCGAAGACUCGUUUUCCAUUUUCGAAGACUUUUUUGUGGCUAAACACUUGAGCGAAAUAACAAAUGUCCAAUUUGUACAGAAUCCAGCAUUUUCCACAGGUAUGUGUUCUAAAUGUUACCUGCAACUUAAAACAGCAAUAGACUUCAGAGACCAAGCGCAAAAGGUCGAGUUGCAGUUGCAAAGAAUCGCAACGUUAUUAAAGGUAUCCAGCCAUGUUCCUGACGUUGAAGUUGUAGAACUGGUUGAUAGCGAUAAUUCAGAUGAAAAUGAUCUGGAUUUAGAUACAAAAUUGACCAGCAGAGAACCUUUAGAAUCUAUACAAUAUCAAAAUGACAAUGAAGUUAUUUUAGAAAAAUUAUCUAAUGAAGAGGAUAUGUGUAAAAUAGAAAUCAUAGAAGAUAUAAAAUAUUACAAUGGAAGUGAAGUUGUUUUAGAACAACCAUUGGAUCAUGAGUAUCAUGUUAAAACUGAUCCCUUCAAAGAUAACAGUGUUGAUGAAAUUAUUUUAGAAAAUGCAUCUAAUCAAGAUGAGUAUGAUGUUGAUGUAAAAAUGGAAAUUGACAUUGGGAAAACAAAGUUCCAUCAAGAAAUCAUUGAAGAGGAAACUAGAACAGAGCCAAUAAACACAAAUGUAUGUUCGUUAUGUGGCAAAAAAUUUAAGUCAAAGAAUAGCUUACAAAAACAUGAAAGAGAAACAUGUUAUACAGUUGAUAAAUCGAAAUGGAAAAGGGGUCCGAGCAAAUCGUUACCUUGCUCUUAUUGUAACCAGGUAUUUAUUUACGAGGGGUGUUUGUUAAAACAUGAAAGAACCGUGCAUUACGGAAAGAAAAAAAGACACUCGGAAACAUGAUUUAUCUUAAAAA